AGCUGGAUAUCGUUGUGCCAUCGCCACGGUGUUCGUUGCUUAGGAACCUUUCUCACUGAAUGGGAGGAAGGGAAAGAGGUUUGCCGUCGACUAUUUCAUUCGCCCGUUGUUGCGAUCGCCCUUGCUCAACGCCUUGUGGCAUUGGCUGGCUACCAUGGUCUAGACGGUUGGCUGAUCAACAUUGAGAACGAGGUUGAGUCAGAAACAGCUGUCGAGAACAUGGUUAUCUUCUUGCGGGCCCUGACACGGGGCAUGAAAAAAGUCAAGCAAAUUGGUGCGACGGUGCUCUGGUACGACUCAGUGGUUAGCGACACGGGAAAAUUGGAAUGGCAAGACGGGCUGACGGAGCGAAAUAAAGUUUUUUUCCACGCGUGCGAUGGGAUUUUCACAAAUUAUUGCUGGAAAAGAGAGGGGCCUGCCGCUAGCGCGGUCUUGGCCAAGACCUCUGCCUCUCCUUGGUCUCUCGAGUUGGGGAUUUCCGGGUAUGAGGGUGUCUCAACGAUGGGACGAGCGCAGAGCGAAGGCUUGAGAGGAAGGCCGCGGCUUGGAAGGUCCGGUAAAUUGUCGGACGCUGCUUUUCCAGACGGGGAGGAGGAAAACAAGGAGGGGCCGGAAAAGGAAGAUAGUGCGAGGUCGUCAAAAGUAACCCGACGAGAGCAGCAGGCUCACAAAAUGGUAGAUCAGAGCUCAUUCACGGCCAGUGUGAGCGAGCAGUCCGAUUUGUCGCAGAAGAUAGGAGGGGGAAAAAGCCGUCAGUGGGAUGUAUGGAUGGGGGUUGAUUGCUUUGGGCGGGGCACUUACGGUGGAGGAGGUUUUAAUUGUAGCGAAGCCCUUGAGGCAGCAAGAGCAGCCGGUGUAUCAGCCGCCCUGUUCGCGCCAGGCUGGAUCUGGGAAGAGGAGGUGCGGAGAAGGGAGACAGAGAGGGGGCAGGGGGCGCCUGAGGAAAAAGUCACAGACUCUCUGAGCUCUCCUAUUCUGAAAGCCCACUCGCCUCAAUCGCAUGCGUCAUCUCACCUGUCGUCAGCUGUGGCGAAGUUUUAUCGCAUUGAAGGCAUUUUUGAAGCCGUACAAGAAGAAUUCUGGUCGAAAGUUGCCAGGAUCUGGCCCCGGCGGCCUCUUCCAGCCGGUAGCCUGGGAGGACGAAAGGAGGAAGGAGGAGAGGGAGGACAAAAAACUGGCGAACGAACCUUCUUGACAAAUUUUGGGACGGGUGUCGGCUUGAAAGUUUGGGUGGCUGCCGGUCAAAUAUCGCUCUGCCCGGCAAUCACGGCCGUAGCGACAAUUUGUGCAGAAGGAGAGGAGGGAGGGGAAGAAAGAAAAAGACGGGAAGAGGUGCCCUGGUAUAAUUUGAACAUGCAGGACCCAUUGCCGCUGGUAUUGACUGAUUGCACUGUCCGCAGUGCAUCCUUUCCCAACCCUCCGUCUCCUCCCACGGCCGACCAACAACGCUCGGCUGCUGUCCGAGACGGCAGCCUCGUCCUUCCUCCCCCUCUCCCUCUUGUGUCUCCUCCCUGCCACCUUCGGGCCCAAAUUUGUUAUCAGACGGCGUUUCACGGUGGCUCUUCUUUGCACAUUCGUGGGAUCCUGUCCUCUGGUGCCAGGGAAGAGGGCGGGGAAAAGGGAAUUUCCUUCCCUCUCUUCAAAACAGAGGUGCCCACGUCUGCGUCGCCGUUCGAAGUGAACGUUGUUUACCACUGCGAGCACGAGGACGACGAGUUCGUCCUGGAACUUGUGCUUCAUAAAGAUGGGGCAGACGUGGAAGGAGAGAAGGGGAUGGGAAAGAUGCCGGUGGCGGACAAAGGAAGGCAGGACAGGCGCCUAGUCUUGCGACGGCAGGGGCCAGGGGACUGGAAGGGCGGGCAAAUGGAGGGAGGAGACUGCUUGUCACGUGAAACGAAGGACGAGGAAGCCGCAAAAAAAGGAGCACAGGAAGGCUCCCAGGCCUGGAAAAGAUACUGUGAAGCUAUUGCUGACUACCCUGUGGCGGACGGGAGGGAUGGGAGGGGGCUGAAGGACGUG